UCAGGCAGUAGUUGUUUAACCACUUAAGGGAAGAGUUACACCCAGUGAAAAAAUAUUAUUAUAUUCAGUGUAAUAUAGUUUUAUAGAAUAUUAUUAUAUUUAGUAUAAUAUAUAAAUUCUACAUUCGUUCUAAUGAGUGUGAAAGAGAUAUUUUUAUCCUAUAUUUUAAGUGGAGCUGACACCUCUCAAGCUGCGUCAUAUUGCCGUCAGUUUUUCCAUCUGGGAAGACAGAGGCAUCCCGAAUCGCACCAUUCGAAUUCCAUGACUCGCAUAGACGGUGAAUCCGAGAGAUGUCACGAUUCACGGAUUUCUCGAGGUCGAGGGACACCGACGAAUCGAAUAGGCGGCGAAUCCGCGAGAAGUCACAAUUCUCAUCAUAGAGGUCGAGGGACAUUCGUACCUCGCAACUACAACAGGGACAUCCCUCCAGCGAUCAGACCCAGAUCUCCGAUGGAUGAGCCUAGUUAUCGUAGGACACACGCAGAACAUUCGUUUCAUUAUGGACCAGGAAGUGAUUUUGACGUUCCAUGGGACAGGAAUUCCCACCGCAGACGCGUGGAAACUGAAUUUCAAGAGAGGGAAUUUAGGAGAAGUUAUCAUAAUGAGAGAUUUCUUGCGUACCCUAGAAGAGAUCCUGAACCCCAAAUCCACAGAAAAUCUCGUCAGAGACCACCAUUUCUUCAAGAUAGAAAAGUACUGCGAAACCUAAGAACAGCAGAGAGCGAGUGUGGUAAAAAUGUCUCUAGUCAACCAACAAGCUCCUCCGAUAGCAAUCAUAAAGCUGAAAAUCGAGAUAAGGAGACUGAAUCCAAAAAAUCGGAAGGUUCUGAUUCUUCUGGUGUCAGCAUGGACUUGGGGACCGAUGAGGAAGAAGAGAAUCUGUUAAAGGAGAUGGGCUCUAAUAAUUUAGAUUCGACAAAUUCACAGGAACAAAGUUCAAACAGUAAAAGUGAUGAACCCAAACCAGAUAGCACACCAUCAAAAAUAAAUAAGGAUGUUAAUCCAACGACCAGUACUAGUAGUAGUAGCAGCAGCAUCAGCAAUAACACUACUUUAACAAAUUCUCUUCCAGUUCCUCCGAAACAGACCGAUACGGUACAAACAUCUGACUUAAUCAAGCCUACUACAACAGGCAAAGAUCCACGGUUGCAAAAAAGAAGCCGGUCUUCUGAAGUGUAUCCAGACAAUAAAAAUUCCGACCAAAACGAAAAUAUCACAACAAAAUUGGUAGAUCCACGUAGACAGCCAAUGGGCACUAUGUCGAGAUCAGUCCCUCUCGAGCUGAAAUUACCACAAUUUUGUAAAACAAAAUUAUCGUUAGAGUGCAAUAAUAAGAAAGUGAGUUUCAAAAAACCUGCGAAUCAUAUUGCUCCGAAGAUUUCGAAGAAAGGGGGUCAUAUAAAUGAUAAGAAAUUAGUUUGCAUCAAAAAUCGUGUGGAAUUGAAAAAAUACAAUAAGCCGGACUUGGAGAAAUAUUGUUGUCAUGUUCGUAUUCAGAAAGAACAUAACUCAUUUCAAGAACUUUCCGAGUUGAGUAUAGAAUCUCUGAUAGACACCAGGAAAUCGUACUUGGAAAGUAAGAAAGAAGACGAACAGCCAGCGGAAUCAAAAAUUGACGCUUCAACACAAGGAAGGCAACAUACUAAAGAAAAUAAGACUUCUACAGUUGAAGGAGAGGUACGAAAACAUGUCAAAUCUUCAUCGACUAAAGUCAAUUCUAAGCAUAGAAUUGUUGCUGGAAAAGAUAAAGUUGAUCAAUUGCACACUAUUAAAGAGACCAAAGAAAAUAUUGGAAAACAGAAAGAUAAAGUAGCUUCUGUAUCUUCAAAGAGUAGUUCUGAACGUCAUUCAAGUACAGGAUUAAAGCGUAAAAUUUCAGAAUCUCCCUCUGACGGUACAGCGACAAAAAAAAAUAUUCACAAGGAGAAAUCAUCUUCGGUCGGGAAGGUCAAUCCCAAACGUCCAAGACUAAUGGAGAACAAAGAUAAGUUUUGCAAAAAGCUUGUGAAAUCUACAGCUACCAAAGAUAAAAAAAUAGACAAAAACACAUCACAUAAUACCAUUACGUAUAUAGUGCAGUCGACGGUAUCUCACAGCACUUCCAACCAUUCGACGAUCGCUUGUACAUCCAUCGUCCCAAAAGGCAAAUCUCUUCCUAUGAUAGUUGAUGACGAUUCAGAAUACAAUAUAACUGAAGAAAAUUGCGUACCACCGAUCCCCGAAAGGAGUUCAACCCCAUGCCUGGAUGAGAGGGACGAUACUGCCGAAAAGGAAUAUUCAUUGCAUAUUCCAGAAGGUUCAAUUGAUAGUUCUGACAGCUUGAUAAAAGCUCUGGAUGAAACAAUCGAGGAUAUCAACGUCAGUAUUUCUUCGCUGUCUAAAAUGAAACAGAAAGACACUGGAACUGAAAAACAGACCAGUUCUCUUAUUCAUGAAGAUUAUAGUCCUAGGCCCGGGGUCCUUGAGUGUUCAUCAGAAUCCGCAGCCUUACCGAAUGAAUCUAUAAUCCCAACGCAAGAAACGAUUGAUAAACAGAAUAGUGAAGACUGCCCUGCAAACAUACGCAGUGAAUCGAUCAUUUCAUCUCCUAAAAACAAUGAAGUACAGCUACACCAGAAAGGCAAUGCAACUGAUAAACAGAACAUUGAAGACUGUUCAUCACAAUCUCUAAACAUACACAGCGAAUCGAUGACUUAUCCUUCGAAUCAAAAUCAGAAAAACAAUGCCACUCAUGAACAGACCAGAGCCGACUGUUCAACAGGAUCUUCGGACAUACAGGACGAAUCGAUAAUUUCAUCUCUUGACGAUCAAAACAUUUCAGCAGAGCUGCUGAUGAAAGGCAAUGCAACUGAUGAACAAACUAGUGCUAAUAGUUCAGUCGAAUCUGUGCUGAUACAUAACGAUUUGAUAAUUUCAUCUCCUAUAAAUCAAGAGAAUGUGGUAGAGCUGCACCAGAAAGACAAUGAACGAAGUUCAGAACCUCUUGGAAUAUCCCAUGAAUCUUCAAAUUCAUCUCCUAAAGAUCAGAAAGUGGUAGAGGGCUGCCAGAAGGCCAAGAGUACUAUUGGAAAGACUAGUGCUGUUUGUACAGUAGAACCUGUAGGAAUAUCUACCCAAUUUAUAUCUCCUGAAGAUGAGAACAAUGCGGCAGAGCUGUUCCAGAAAAGCAAUGAGACUGAUGAACUUUCGGCCUGUUCAGAAGAAUAUCUAGGAGUAUCCCAAGAAUCUAUAAAUUCAUCUCCUAAAAAUAACAGCGGUUUGCACAAUGAUGAACAGAUCAAUGCUCAAGAUGACAAUUGUGAAUUUGAUUCACCACAAAGUGAAGGAAACAGGAAUAUUGAUGAUGAUAUUUUCUCUAGGGAAGUCAGUGAACUUUUAGGGAAUGACGAAGAUGAAAUUCUUCUAGAUGUAAGAGUUAUCGAAAACCCUGAAAUUAAAAAAGAAGCGGACGAAGUGGCUUGUGAUUUCCAUUUUGAUAUGCUCCAAGGUCAUAUUGAGGUCAAAACAGAAGUUAACGAUGAAGCACUUCGCGAUGUGCAAAGUUUAGAGAGAACAGAUAGCGUAACAAAUGAACCUGUAGUAAACACAAAAACAACAACGCCUGCAGAAAUUUCUGUAAUCCCAUCCUUGGAACCACAGACCGUUGACAAAACUGUUGAUAUAAACGUAGAAGAAACACUAAAUAAUAUUGAAGAAUUGAAGAAAAUGCUCAGUAAAAAUUCUACAAUAGAACGUAAGGAUAAUUCUAGUAUUGGACCACAAAGUUAUGGAUGUUCUAUGAAUCCUAGUGGCGAUGGGUCGGAGACCCCAAACGUAAUGAUUCCAACUGUCAUUCAAAUGAGCCCAAACAGUGAAGCGAUCCAAUCGAAUGAACCUGAAGCUACUGUUGUUACCAAUCAAUCAAAUGUUUCAACAAUAAAUCCUAUCAGUCCGAAUGACAGUGGUGUAAGCGCGAACCAACAAAAAUCAUCAGAAUCAAAUGAUAUGACCAAGGAAACAUCAGUUGUCCCUGAGAUUGAAAAGCAUCCAACCCUAACUUGCCCAGUUGUAAGUGGAGAUCCAGUGAAUAGUUGCCCAAAUGCUGGAUGUUCUUUCAUGCCAACAAGACGUCUCUUGCCUCAAAUGUAUAACCUGUCCAAUGCCAGAGAUCGUAAAAGCCAAAGGGAAAUAAAUCAUAGUUUUUUAGACUAUGCCUUCAAUUUAAUGAAAGAGUAUAUGUUGAUGGAAAAAUCAUACUGCGAUACUGGAGACAAACUGAAAUCACUGAAUAAAUAUUACAAUGUUGAAGUUGAUAUCUGUAAUCUUAAUUAUACUAUACGUAGAACCAAAAUGAUAUACGGAGACAUGCUUCUGUGUAGUUUGAGAACCUUAAGGCUACACCCUCAACGAAUAGAUGCUUUCGUGUUGUACUUCAUGGAAUAUUUGAAGAGAUUGAUCGUAGAUGUGGAGAAGAAACCUUUGAUGACCAUAUAUUUGUUGGAUUUAAUUAUGGUCCACCAGGAGGAAUAUGAAAAGUGUGAAUUUUUGAGGAAUUUCAAGCAAAAUGUUGAAAAUGAAUAUUACACUGAGCAAAAUCUUGGUUACAUGACAAUGAGUCAAUACGGAGUUCUGAAGAGUCAAAUUUGCCACUAUAUACGUAUAUUACAAAAUAAUAGGCAAAUAGAAAAUAAACAAAAGGCUUCAAGAUCAACAGAAACAGCCAUCAAGAAUCCCCCACCUCCAAAUGUAUGUAUUUUUAACGAAUCGAAUGCAGUAAGGACGGCAGUUGGCAUGAGGAACAACCAGUACAGUGCCAUGAAGAACAACCAGAAUAGUGCCAUGACCAACAUCCAGCCCAGUGCCAUGAGGAACAGCCAGCACAGUCCCACGAUUAACAGCCAGCACAUUGCCAUGACUAACAGCCAGCACAGUGCCAUGACUAACAGCCAGCACAGUGCCAUGACUAACAGCCAGCACAGUGCCAUGAAGAACAGCCAGUACAGUGCUAUGACGAACAGCCAGCACAGUUCCAUGAGGAACAGCCAGAACAGUCCCAUGACGAACAGCCAGCACAUUGCCACAACAAACAGCCAGUACAGUGCUAUGACGAACAGCCAGCACAGUGCCAUGAGGAAGAGCCAGAACAGUCCCAUGACGAACAGCCAGCACAGUUCUACGACUAACAGCCAGCACAUUGCCACAACAAACAGUCAGCACAGUGCCAUUACAAACAGCCAGCACAGUGCCUUGAAGAACAGCCAGUACAGUGUCAUGACGAAUAGCCAGCAUAGUGCCAUGACUAAGGAUAUGAAUCAGCAUGCGAUGAACACAGUCAGCAACAGCAGAGUCUCAAGACCAAAUUCAGGCUCGAAUGAUAAUACAAUGAAUAAGCCUCAAAAUAUCACAAACGUAUGUCGGACAUUACAGAAGUCAACUUCAAACACCUCUGGUGGUAGUUCUAUGGUACGUGGGAACUUACGGAGAUCCAUUUCAAACCCACAAGCAUCUUAUGGAAAUAUGACUGUUCCUCAACCAUACUUGCAAACACAACUUUUGUAUGCACCGAAUGUAAUGUCAUAUCAAGGACAGAGUGUUCUGGGUAUACAAUCACACUCACUAGGACAGAAUGCCCAAACCGGAGAUGUAAAUGUCACCAUCUCAACCCAAUUGAACCCGAAUUAUAGUGGAUAUCAAUCACACUCUAUUCCAUCGCAAAGUGCAGUGCUGAAACGCGCCAACAGCCAGGAUAAGAACCGCGAUGAACCCGAAGGAAAAAGAAGGAAACCCACACCUACGUUUAGAAUCAUCGAAAAGAAUAAAAUAACUGUUAAUCCGAACGCCAGAAAUACACCGAAUAUUCUUCAGAACAUUCUACAGAACACAUCCAGCACGCUGCAAAUCAUCAACAAGAAUGGUGUAUAUGAGUCGCAUACUUUAAAUGCCGGGUUUGGGUCUGCAGCUGUACAAAAUGUCGUCUCCAAUUCUGUGACUUGUUGCGUCACACAACCAACAGCCAGUUCUGGAGGAGUGUGUUUUUCUGUCAUUCCAAAUACUACUGUAGUUGGCAACCAAGACGUGUCAUCGGCAAAAAGUCGUCCACCACCUCCUGCGUAUAAUGUAGACAUGCGACAACCCAGACCUGCAAUAUACACUCCUGACAAUAGAUGUUGUUCACCUUCAACGCAUAAAAAUGACAGUCAACAUUCCCGACCUCCAACAACCAAUCCUGACAUUCGUACCACACCACCAGUAACUAAUUCUGACAUUCCAUAUCAUACGCCUCCGGAGCCUGAACAUAUCGUCAUUCCAUACCCUACUCCGCCUGAGUCUGAACGUAUUCCAAAUCCCACACCUCCAAUGUCAUUUGCCGUAAAUCCAAAUGAUAUGUCACUUCAAUCGAAUCCGGAACCACCUUCUGAGAACGUGGAGCUGAAACAAUCUAGACCCUCAACUCCAUCAGAAGAGACCGAGACAAAGCCUUUUGUUUCACCCAUUACCAUGAACUUCCCUUCAGAAAUAAUCGAUUUGACAUAUUUUGAUGAUGAACCCAUCAUCAAGGAAGAACCUUCCGAGGAGUGCGAAUCUGCUCAGUCACAGGAUGAGAUACGCAGUGAGGGAGUGCUGAUAUUGGAGAACCGAGUAUGUGUAUGUGGAAAAGUUGCAGAAUAUCUCUGUGCUUGCAGUACUGUUAUGUACUGUAGUACCGAGUGUCAAUUGAAAGAUUGGUGGCCAAAUCAUCAAAGAGUUUGUUCUUCUGUGAUAGUGAUGACAUCAGGAGAGUAAACUGGUGGAUAAACUUAUGAUGCCCUGUUAGUUUAAGUGAAAAUAUUUUAUAUAUUUCAGUUGAUAUGUUAUUUUUAUAUUUGUUGUGUUGUUUUUUCAUAAAUAUUGUUUUCUUUUCAUAAUGUAAAUACCUAUAUUUAUUGUCAAAAUGAGAAUUGAGCUGGAAAUUCCUAAGAUAUUAUUUUGAUAUUCGAAUUAAGUAUAGUUCUUUCUAUUUUUGUACCUGUUAAUAGAGUUAUGUUGAUUAUGUUCUAUUAUUGUUAUUAUUAUACAUCAGUAAUGGAAAGAGUGAAUUCCAUGUAUAACUCCCGAGUUCUAAUGAUGCAAAAGAAAUAGUGGAAACUGAUUAUAUGAACAUUAAAUAAAUAGCGAACAAGAUUUAUUUAACAUUUA